AGAUCGAGGACAAAAGUACCAUAAAGCUAAUUUUUGAUUCUGGCCUGCCUAGUGACACUCCACCCCCACCUUAUUCAGCUCCUUCUACAUCACGCUCUGGUGAUGACUCAUCACUUUCAAGUGGCUCAGUUGACCCAGACAUUUUGUCAUCUCCUGAUUCUGCCGCCUCAAGAUCGUCUGGAUGGCCUGUUGUUUUUGUUGUUCCCCGAUUCCCAUACGAUUGUGAGCUGCAGCUGGAAAAAGCCACUGCCGCAUUCAAAACAACUGGAACUUUGCUCGACCCUGACAUCAGACUUAAAACUGCUAUUCUUGACAGUUUGGCUGAAGCAAUUGUACAGCACAAAGUGUACCCCACUGAUGGAGUUUGAAGAGGCAGCAGAAGCCCUUGUAUCAUCACAUCCUUGUUUGAGAGAACCAGGCUCUGCCACUGGAUAUGUUGGCUGGAAAGUUAGUUUGAAGUAUAAACUUGCCAACUACAGAAAGAAGCUCAAGCGGCUUGGAUGCCCAGAGGUCGAACUAAAUUCCUUAACAAAUAAGCCUGCAGACAAGAGCAGUCCUGCUUACGGUGUGAAGAAGCCCAGAAAAGCUGAGGUGAAUUACUGCCCAUCCUACCCAUCAGGAGAAUCGGCAGAGACACUUGAAAAGAUAAGAGAGGCCCUUAUUUCAGAAGCAAAGAAAAGGACACAGUGGCAGCAAUGAUGGCCGAGACCUUUUCUCAUAGAAGGCAAGAAGUUAUUCAAGAUGCACCCAUGAUUGCAAUUUUCAAAACCAGAUGGCCAGCUCUCUUCAGUGUGCAUGAGUUAAGUGCUGAGUUCAAGAGGAUAACGACAGUCGGUUUGCUGCAAAAGUUCUUCUCCGAGCUGGAUGCUCAAUCAUCAAAACUGCUCAAGGUCUUUAGCAAGAAGGGUGGUGCUCAGGGAAGAAAGAUCAAGAGCCUCCUGAUGCCCAUGACCCAGAUGUUUUUGGGUUUCUUCCUCAUCCCUGUGGUGACCAGCUGCUCCGAUCUCAGCCUUCCUCUGGACUGCAGCGACAUCUACAACCAAGAUACCAGCCGACCCAGCGGAGUUUACACCAUCUAUCCCAUUGGAACUACAUCUGCUGUUCAGGUUUACUGUGACAUGGAGUCUCUGGAAGGAAAAUGGACAGUUUUCCAGAGGAGGAUGGAUGGCUCGGUGAACUUCUACAGGCCCUGGAAUCAAUACAAGUUCGGUUUUGGAAAUGCCGCAGGAGAGUACUGGCUCGGUCUGGAGAAUGUCUUCUACCUGACUCAGAGAAAAAAAUCUGAACUGCUGAUCGACAUGGAGGACUUUGAAGGAAACAAAUCAUACGUUCGUUACACUUCGUUCUGCGUCGGCCCAGAGUCUGACGGCUACAGACUACACCUGACUGGAAUCACUAAUGGAGGGGCAGGAGACUCUCUAAGUCAUAUCAGUGGACAAAAGUUCUCUACAUUUGACAAAGAUCAGGAUACCUGGGAGAAGAACUGUGCCCAAACGUUUAUUGCAGGGUUCUGGUUUUCCGAUUGUCACUCUGCAAACCCAAAUGGCGUGUACCGCUGGGGUGCUGAUAACUCGCUUUAUGCCAUCGGAGUGGAGUGGAUUUCCUGGAAGGGACGGGGCUACUCCCUAAAGGCCAUCAGUAUGAAGAUCCGUCCAGUCCAGUGAACUUGCACAUGAUGUGUGUGGCCCUUAAACACCAUCAACAUUUUACAGGAACUUUUACCUGAACUCAUUGUAAAUCAUGGCAGCAGCUGAGUGAAACAUUGGACCUAAACAAAUACGGGUGAAAUUAUCAGACCCAGUUCACCCAGACAAAAUCAUGCCACUCAAGCACUGAAGUCAGGAAAUCAUGAAGAACUCAAUGACGUAAAACAUUUCCUGCCUCAUCAACUCCAGCAGAUUUAAAAAGCUGCAACCACCUUAUUCCUCCAUCAGAUGUCGCUGUUGUGUUUGUCAGCACGAUGUGGUAGUGACAAAAGACUGAAUCUGUGAAUCUCUGCAGUCUGAGUUUCUGACCGAGAUACUACUUUGAUACAUUAAGUGAUUAUAUACUUUCUGCUGUAACAAAUAUUCAGCUAAUAUGAUGUGUUCCUGGGUUUCAGUCCUGACCCCGGCGACGUUUGCCGCAUGUCUUUCCCCCUCUCUCCACCCGUUUCCUGUCUGCCUACUGUCAAAAAAACACUUAAAAAUAAAGGCCACCGGUGCCGCAAAAAAAAAUCUUUGAAAAAAAAACAAAAAAAACUUCGAUCUUAAGAUAUUUCUUAAAAAACCCACAUUAUCCUAAAGGAAUAAACAGGCUGGUUAAAAUUAUUCAUGGAUGGGCCUUAUUUAAACUGAACAUACCAUGGCAUUUCUACUUGCUUCAUUGUAAACCGAUAAAAAUGUGCUGCCUGAAAAAGUUUUGUAGAUUAGGUUGAUGCCGUUGUAAUUAUCAAAACGAUAAAUAACUGGUAGUCAAUGAC